AUGGCGUGGGAAAACAGGACCACAGUGACUGAGUUUGUCCUCCUCGGCCUCUCCCCAUCUUGGGAAGCCCACCUCCUCUUGUUUGUGUUCUUCUUCUUCCUCUAUGUGGCCACCCUCUUCAUCAACCUUCUUAUCAUCUUGGCAAUUUCCCAGGACCGCCAUUUUCUCAGUUCACCCAUGUUCUUUCUUCUGGGCCACAUGGCUUUUCUGGACCUCUGCAUGUCCUCCUUUGCCAUCCCCUGGGCUCUCUUUGAUUUCCUUGUCCAGGACCAUCAGACCAUCUCCUUCCAGGGCUGCAUGGCACAGAUCUUCUUCCUCCACCUGUUUGGAGGCAGUGAGAUGCUCCUACUCAUGGCUAUGGCUUACGACCGAUAUGUGGCCAUCUGCCAUCCUCUCCGCUAUGCCUCCCUCAUGAGUCAAUGCCAUUGUGUGGGACUUGUGCUAGGCUCCUGGGCCGGUGGGCUCCUCCAUACAAGUGUGCAAUUGGCCUUCACCAUUAAUGUCCCCUUCUGUGGGCCCAACCACCUGGACAGCUUCUUCUGUGACAUCCCCUUGAUCAUCAAGUUGGCCUGUGUUGACAACUAUUCCCUAGAGAUCAUGAUGGUGACCAACAGUGGUAUCAUCUCACUGGUUGGGUUUGUCGCUUUGCUCAUCUCGUACGGACUCAUUCUCUCAGCCAUCUGUUCCAGGCCUCCCUCUGAAGGGACAUCCAAGGCCAUCUCCACCUGCACCUCUCACCUCACAGUGGUCACCAUGUACUUUGGACCCUGCAUCUUUAUUUACUUGCGUCCAUACGCCAGGUUCACGAUUGAUAAAGCAGUCUCAGUCUUCUCCAUCACUGUCACCCCCUUGCUAAACCCAGUUGUCUAUACUCUGAAGAGCAAAGAGAUGAAAUCUGCCAUGAGGACGUUGCUGGCCAGAU